AUGAAGUUCGUAUACUGUUCAAUGUUGGGAGACGGGAUGGUUGGCAAGACAUGCCUGACUACAAGUUACACCCAGCAUGAUUUUUCUGACAUCUACAUCUAAACAAUAUUCGAAAACCACGCAGUUCCUCUCACGGUUGGGGGUGAAGACUUUGUUAUCAGUCUGUUUGAUACGGCUGGACAGCGUGGCUAUGAACGCAUACGUGCGUACACCUACAAAGAGUGCGAUGUACUGGUCAUCUGUUUCUCUGUCUGCGAGCGGGAAUCCUUCUGCAGCGUGAGUGAGGUGUGGCUGCCAGAGGCGAGGCUCUACACAAAGAAAAAGCGCCCAGUUAUUCUCGUCGGCACCCAGACGGAUUUGCGUCGAGGCGACGCCGACGAGGUGACGGAGGAAGAAGGCGCCAAGAUGGCCAAACAGAUUGGCGCCGACUGCUACCUGGAGUGUUCAGCGCGGAACCACGAGGGCACGAAGCCCAUUUUCCAGCACAUGGUCUUCUCAGCACUCAAGUUCAGAAAAAGACAAAACAUCAUCAAGAAAUUCUUCUUUGAUCGUCUUUAUGGUUUAAAGCGGCGUGGCUACGAACGCAUACGUGCGUACAGCUACAAAGAGUGCGAUGUACCGGUCAUCUGUUUCUCUGUCUGCAAGCGGGAAUCCUCCUGCAGCGUGAGCAAGGUGUGGCUGCCAGAGGCGAGGCGCUACACAAAGAAAAAGCGCCCAGUUAUUCUCGUCGGCACCCAGACGGAUUUGCGUCGAGGCGACGCCGACGAGGUAACGGAGGAAGAAGGCGCCAAGAUGGCCAAACAGAUUGGCGCCGACUGCUACCUGGAGUGUUCAACGCGGAAACCACGAGGGCACGGAGCCCAUUUUUUAGCACAUGGUCUUCUCAGCACUCAAGUUCAGAAAAAGACAAAAAACAUCAUCAAGAAAUUCUUCUUUGAUCGUCUUUAUGGUUUAAAGCGGGCAUUCCUGACUUAA